AUGGCGCAGUGGCGCGACAACGACCAUGGCAAGUCGUAUACUCUGGGUACUUUGGGAGAUGCCAACACUACAUGCCCGUUGACGAUUCAGCUCAAUUUCAUGACCGGCCACCGAGAAGGCCCGAUCAUGAAGUUGUCGUUUACUCCAUUGACUGCCAAUAUCGAUGGCUCUUUCACACGCGACGUCGGCACCACCAUACCGCUUAUCUAUGGCACAGAACACGUUCUCAGGUGCUCCGACGUCAUCCAUCCGAGCCGACUUACGGACUUUCCAUGGGAGAUUCGGUCUGAAGUCCGUCGGAUGAGGAACUCUGCCAAGGGCAGGGACUACAGUCUGAUCUCCCUGGAUAUCAGCGUCAAGAAACAGCCAAUCGUCCUCAUGCCUCGAGCCCCGAAGCAUCCUGUUGAUGAGCACGAACUUAAGCAAGUUCUCCUUCUCAAGAACCUCUCACGUGCAAAGCGGUUCUCUCUCUUCAUGUCCCUCAACGGCUCGGACGAGGAGAUCUGCCAUUUCAAAGAUAGUCUCCAGUUCGGAAGUGGCGGUAAUAGUGCCCUCAUGUUCGAUAGUGAUAGUCACGCGACAGUGCAAAGCCCCAAUGACGGAGACUGGAACUGCAUCUACAUUAAAGCAGCUGGAGGGAGCAUUGUCACCUUGUCCGACUUGGAGCGCCUCCAGAUCAAGCUUCCGGGUGCGAGCACAUUCCGCCUUCGUGGCGAGGGUCAACUGAGGAUUGAGAAUCAGAAUUUUGCCCUUGACUACGAUGAUCCAAUCGAGCAGAAGAGAAGCGAGAGUCCGCCCGAAAGAGAAAAGACGUCAGAGCAGCGGACGGCCUCUCUUCGAAAGAAGGUUCAGGAGCAAACUGGUGCAUUGAAGCAGGACAAGGACAAAGUUUCCGUGAAGAACGACCAGGAGUACAUGCCUCAGCCUAAGGAAGAGACGGAAGCCAUGCAGCAGGAGGUGAUCGAACGCCCCAAGAAGCGCGUCAGGUUUGCCGAUGAAUUCGAUAAUUCCAGGACGCUGGCGGAUGACUUCUUGAACCAACUCGGACAGGAGAUGUCCAUGUCCGCGAGUCCCUCACAAGGUAUGAUCCAGCGCGACAUGACCGACAACGUCAUGGAGCAACAGUCUGAGAGCGGAGCCGAGGUCAAAGACAAUACGGCUCCUCAGACCACCGUUCACGGUACUACUGUCACCGCUAUCCUGAAUGUUCCUGUGCCCGAGCUGGCUCAAACUCCCACAUCGGAUAGCAGUCUUGGACUCCGAGCCCGCUGGCGACGCUGGGCUGGCUGGGUCAUCAUGCAACCACAAACAGAGCCGGCGGUCAUCGGAUCCUUGCUGCGGGAGGCAUAUCAAGCUGCGACAGGCGAUGAUGCGGAGGGUUUUGUAGGAAAGAUUUUGAACAUUCUGGAGAGUUUGGGAAACAACGGUGGAGGCGGCGAUGGUCCUGUCUAG